AGCUCCACACAGAUAGACAAGAGAGCAGAGGAGGGCUGGAGACGGGCUGAGGAGACAGGGAACAGGAGAAUUAGAGAGAGUCAACAAGGGAAGUUAGAGCGAAAGAGAGAGAGAGAGAGAGAGAGCGAGGGAGAGAGAGAGAGAGAGAGAGAGAGAGAGAGACGGAGAGAGAAAUCAGUGUUCUGCUGCACUUGUGCUCUCCUCCUCUUCCCCGACUCCAGCUACCUGAGGCACACACACACACACAAAACACACCCACACAUACACACACGCACACACACACACACACACACACAUGCACAUAUACAGGGAGUUGGUUCACAGCGAGGCUUAGGGGGCUGCCUCUCCGGGGAAGAAGGGAAUUAAACACUUGUUUUGUUUUCAGUCCCCUGCUUUCAUAGGCAGGAAAAAAAGGAUUACAGCUUGUACUCCUGCACCCCUCCUCCCUCGCUCUCCUCUCCCCCUUCCGUCUUGUCUUUUCGGAGUCAACCUUGGACACUUUGGAUACGACUGGUCCGAGUUGCUCACCAGUGCUCAGAGAGGCAUGGCGCAAGGACAACAGAGCCCUAGGUGGGCGCUGACCCGGGGCUCCUUCAGCGUGGCGUUGAGCCUCUCCCUUAUCCUCCUCCUCCUCCUCACUGCCACCGCCUCCGCUUCGGAGGAAUACGACUACUACAGUUGGCAGUCGGACAACUUCCACAACGGCCGCUUCUACACCAAGCAGCCCAUGUGCAUUGACAUCCCCACUGACCUGCGCCUCUGCCACAAUGUGGGCUACAAGAAGAUGAGGCUGCCCAACCUCCUGGACCACGAGACCAUGCCCGAGGUCAAGCAGCAGGCGGGCAGCUGGGUGCCCCUGGUGGCCAAGCGGUGCCACGCCGACACCCAGGUCUUCCUGUGCUCUCUGUUUGCGCCGGUGUGCCUGGACAGGCCCAUCUACCCGUGCCGCUCGCUGUGCGAGGCGGUGAGGGACAGCUGCGCCCCGGUGAUGGAGACGUACGGCUUCCCCUGGCCGGAGAUGCUGACCUGCGACAAGUUCCCCAUCGAUAACGACCUCUGCAUCCCCAUGCAGUUUGCAGGGAACCACCCCAGCCCGCCGACAGUGCCGAAGGUCUGCCCUCCAUGUGACAACGAGCUGAAAGUAGACCAUAUCAUGGACUAUUACUGUGCCAGCGACUUCGUUAUGAAGAUGAAGAUCAAGGAGGUGAAGAAGGAGAAGGGUGACAAAAAGCUGAUUGCAGCGCAGAAGAAAAAGAAGGUGUUGAAGUGGGGCGUCCUCCGCAAGAAGGACCUGAAGAAGCUCACCCUGUACAUCAAAAACGGUGCCAACUGCCCCUGCUCCCAGCUGGACAGCCUGAGCUCCAACUUCCUCAUCAUGGGCCGCAAGGUGGACCAACAGCUGCUGCUCACAUCCAUUCACAAGUGGGACAAGAGGAGCAAGGAGCUCAAGUUCGCCAUCAAGUUCAUCAAGUCCCAUCAGUGUCCCACCUUCCACCCCAUCUUCCAGUGAUGGGCCCAACGCUAGAAGAUAGGGGUGGGAGAUGGGGCGCCUCCGUACCCAGUGCGGUACCCGUGGAUCUCUAGCCCUGAUCCUGUCCACCUUAUCCAGUUACAUCACUUCCACUAUUCUACUAUCCUGUUCAACCUAGUUACAUAUUUUCCUCCUGUCCUUUGUUUGUCCACCUUAGAUCCCUUCAAACUCUACUACCACCCACUGACUUCUCUUGGAGGUUGAAGAAUGUCCCUGGAUUUUAACUUCCAUGACCUACCGUAAAUCUCAUAAAGCCCCUCAUUUUGAUUUGUCUAGAUAAGUCAGGAGUAUUAACACUGACUAAUGGAAAAACCUGCUCACUGAAUACAAACUUAAGCUGUGUUCAAACACGAGGCAAAGUAUCGCUGAAGUUGCCAGUUUUGACAGCCUUGCAUUUUCCUGUUUCCUACAAUGAGCUCUGACGUGCUUACAACAUUCAUUUGCGAUUCGUCAUUUGCCUUCAUAGCUUAGGAUAAACACUUUAGCAUCGUACAAAACCGAUGAGCUUCUCAUCCAUUUUAGUUUUGGUGGGAACUGGGAAGUGGUAUCCAAAAGUUUGCCUUGUUGUUUCAACAUAGCAGAUAAGAAGAGAAACACCCACAUUUCCCAAAAGUGCAACAUUUCUCUACUUUUUAAAGGGUUUUGCCCUGCCCAUAAUGCUAAAAUCGCCUCCUGUACCCCAUGCCGUUCGCUUUCACAGAGAAGGAAUUGAGUCUGGCAAAGAGAUGGCAGCGUUCCUUCGUGUCUGGACGCACCUUUUAACGGUGUUCAGACAUCGUCAACUUAGCUAAUGGGUCGCUAAUAUUUCAGCUGGGCGGGCGGUGCUUAACAUUCCGGGUAUCUUUUGUUUUUAAUUCACGCAAUCACCAAGUUUUGGAUCAAUAGGAAUUACAUAAACCUGAAGUUACGAACAUAAAAUCACCUCGCGGAUUCUCAUACAACAGCUUACCUGGUUAAAUUUGACGCCGACAAAGGCAGAAACUGUCCCCCCUGUGUCGGUUUUAAAGCUUUCGUUACGGUCCUCUUGCACGGAAGUUGGGAAGCUAGCCUAAACUUUGGUUAGCGGGGAUUAGCUUCUCCUCCAUUUUGGUCACCGCAAACACAAUACGUAGCCAUAUAACGUUAGUUUUAUCGGAAGGGAAGGAAAAGUGAAUCUAAGCGACCCCCGGAAAACGUAAAAAAAUUGUUAUAUGUUUUCUAGGAGAUAAACUUAACACCCUGCUUAACAUCGUCCGGCUGCUCAGCUCCGUACAAAAUGAAUGAACUUCCGGUGACUCGUCGAACCAGUUUAGCGGCUAGAUGGGAUACAACCACGGACGGAAAUGACGCAAAAUCCUCCCGACCAAAAGCCUUGUCUUUUGUCGAAACAACGUAUUUCGUCAGCGUGUCCUCCGCGUACAUUUUUUAAAACUCCCUCGCAAGAUCUACGCUAGCUAGCGCCAUAGCAACGACAUACGCCCGGGGAGAUUUUGCGCCACUUCCGUCCGUGGCUGUACCCCCAUCUGGUCACAGCCCCAGUUUAGGGCUGUGAGUCAGCGAAAGUAAAAGGUCUCCCAGGAAACACCAGCCGGUAGAAAAUGAAUGAACUUCCGGUGACUCGUCCGUCGCUCUAGUUGAUGGCUGUGAACCGGUGUAAAUUACGUCCCCCGUGAAACACCAGAUUUUGUUAGCCAAAUAUUUCCCACUUCGCGUUUCAAAGAACAUACAUACUGCAGCGAAUUCGGGGGACAACGCAACCACAGGAACUGCCGCGGCCGGGAAGCGAACCCGCACCGCCCGCACCGCAGGAGACAUCGCUAACGGCUAGACUAAAGGCUCAGACCCACCAUCCAGCGGCCAACGUGUCUGCUUAUCCAUGCAAUACUGUUACUGAUGGACCACUGUCCCUGCAAUUAUCUUCCAUGACCCUUUUAUUUUCCUCUUUUGCUUGUCGUAAAAUAAAUCACACGUAGUACGAUAUUUCACAGCAAUAAUAUUUAUCCAUUAGACAGUUAGACGGUAGCAAUGGGAAAUGGCAAUUUUAAGGCUUGUAGCCACUGCUGGAGGGAAAUGCUUACGUGAUUGUUAUGUAUCCUUGCUUGAGACAGAGCAGCAAAAGGGGAGCUGAGUUGGGUUUGUUUUCGUGUGAAAAGGCCUUCAGAAGAAAGAAACGCCAUGUGAGCUAUGCAAACGGGCCAGUUCGAACGCCGGCACAGAGCUCCCGGAAAUGACGUCAAGGCAGAGAAAUUCUGUUUAGACGAUCCGCUUAACCGUGUUUGGUCGAAUGUGUAAAAAGUAGGUGAUUCAGAUGAAAACUAGUUGACCAAGAAAAAAAAUAAAAUAAAUACAAGACCUCUUCCUUUUACCCCGGAAGAGCGGUGGAAUGAGACAAAAACAGAGGCUGAGUGAUGCUUCUACUGACUGUUGUAAAGCGCGGCUGCUGUGGACUGAACGAGGGAAAACUCGAAUAUUUCUGCUUUUCAAAACGGAGAGAGGGAGGGGGGGGAGGCCCUCCUGAGGAAGAAGGGGAGAACGAGAGAGAAAGAGAGGGAAAGAGAGGAGAGAGAGACUCUGGACAGAACCAACUAUGUUGGGUGGGAAAGUCUCUGGUACUUACUAAUUUUUUUCCACUAUCACUAUUCAAAUGUUUCUAUCUUUUUUAUUUUACUGAAAUUGUUAUAUUUGCUUCAAUUACACUUGUAUCAAAACAGAAAUCAUACAUACAGACAUAGCGCCUGAAUUUGCUAUUGUUGUACCAAUAAAAAAAAAAGAAAUCUAACGUUGACAAUAAUGUUUCUAAUCAGUUAACCUGUAAGUAGUUUUGUUACUGAAAUACGCCUUUGGUUUGUUUUUUUUUGUUUGUUUUUCAAAAAGUUAAAGAAUAAAAUAUAUUUGAAAUUGA